CUAAACAACUAGUCGUCCCGAUCUUAUAUUAAAACCCAACUUCUUACUUUCAGUUCACUAUUACCUACUCUCUCUCUCAAACCCUCGCUUUGUUCACUUUCUCUCUCUCUUCUGUACCUGUUCGCUUUCUCUUUCUGAUAGUCAUGGGCAAGAUCAAGAUCGGGAUAAACGGUUUUGGAAGGAUUGGCCGAUUGGUGGCGAGAGUUGCUUUGCAGAGAGAUGAUGUUGAGCUUGUCGCCGUUAAUGAUCCAUUUAUCACCACUGAUUACAUGACAUAUAUGUUUAAGUAUGAUAGUGUUCAUGGUCAAUGGAAGCAUCACGAACUCAAGGUGAAAGACUCCAAAACCCUUCUCUUUGGUGAGAAGCCAGUUGCUGUGUUUGGUGUUAGGAACCCACAAGAGAUCCCCUGGGGCGAAACAGGAGCUGAAUAUAUUGUUGAGUCUACAGGAGUGUUCACCGAUAAGGACAAGGCUGCAGCUCACUUGACAGGUGGUGCUAAAAAGGUCAUUAUCUCAGCCCCUAGCAAGGAUGCCCCAAUGUUUGUUGUGGGUGUAAAUGAAAAGGAGUACAAGCCAGAUCUUCAUGUUGUUUCCAACGCUAGUUGCACUACCAAUUGUCUUGCUCCCCUUGCUAAGGUUAUCAAUGACAGAUUUGGCAUUGUAGAGGGCCUUAUGACUACCGUUCACUCCAUCACCGCCACACAAAAAACCGUUGAUGGACCAUCAAGCAAGGACUGGAGAGGUGGACGAGCAGCUUCAUUCAACAUCAUUCCUAGCAGCACUGGAGCUGCCAAGGCUGUUGGUAAAGUGUUGCCUGCGCUGAAUGGGAAAUUGACUGGGAUGGCCUUCCGUGUCCCUACCGUUGAUGUCUCUGUUGUUGACCUCACUGUGAGGCUGGAAAAGGCUGCUUCCUAUGAACAAAUCAAAGCUGCUAUCAAGGAGGAGUCUGAGGGAAAGCUGAAGGGAAUCUUAGGUUACACAGAAGAUGACGUGGUUUCCACUGACUUUAUAGGCGACAGCAGGUCAAGCAUCUUUGAUGCAAAGGCUGGAAUUGCUUUGAAUGAUCACUUUGUGAAGCUCGUUUCUUGGUAUGACAACGAGUGGGGUUACAGCACACGUGUGGUCGACUUGAUCGUCCAUAUGGCAAAUACCCACUAAAUUGGGCGCAAGAUUGGCUCGACUAUGUUUUAUGUAUUUUACAUACUGGCUUGAUCAUGGUAUUAGCUUGUGUUUGUUUUAAGGGGAGAGAAGGAUAAAAUAAGUUGUUUUGGGACAACAAUUUCUAGGCCGCGUUGUGAUUAGCAGGUUUGGUGGGGACACAUAUCCCUCCCUUUUUAAUGAUUAUGAAUACACUGAACAGAAGAAAUGGAUGAGAAAUUGAAAAUGUGGACUUGCUAGUUACUAGGAAGCCACAAGUCAUGGGCCUGGUUUUGGGUUUUGUCUAGAUUCGAAGAAGAGCAAACAUAGUUUUGGCCCAGGUAAUCAAACUUAUGUUUUGGUGAGGAUUCGAGUCUUUCUCGGGUUUGUAGUUUCUUGUCAAUAAAAAAUAAAAUAUUUAAAUUUUUAUUUAUUAUUA